ACUCGUUUAUGUGCGUGUGAGACUUAAAAUAAAAUGCGUGCUAUUGUCAAGCAGAAUACUUGAUUUAUUAUUUUAAAAGCGUUGCUUUUGUAUGUGUCGGCUAUGUGGAGGUGUGAAAACGUUAACCUUUAAUCCCAGCACAUGCGCAAUGAAAUGUCGCAGAUCCAGACGGCCACCAAAGACUGCAGUUGAUAGCUCAAAUGAUCCUUCCAUUACACUAAGAACCAGCAGUUGUGAGAUAUGGGAUGUAGAAGCAGAGACCGUAAAAAAUAUAUAAGUCACACGUGGAGAUAUUUCAAUGACAUAUCUUCCGAAAGUGUGACAUGCAAGCUGUGUGCGCUGUUCUGAAGCGGACGAGCGGUAGCACAACAUCCACGUUGAGACAUUUAGAAAGGAUCUGUCGCUAAGACAUCAAAACGCAGCGAGAGCUGAUGGCGAACGUUAGAGGUAAGAAUCCUUCGUUGAAGUACAGCAAAACAGAAGCUCCAAUAAAGGAAGAGAAGACCCUGUCCAAGAAGAGCACACAUGAGGAUGAGGAGCCACACCCUAAAAGAGGGAUGUCAAAGCAAGAACCCAAUACUUCAGAGGUAGCCUUGACAGAAGGUGGGGCUCCAGAGCAGUUUGAGUUUCAGUAUGGACUUGAGGGACCAGCAUUUGAGAAUGGGGAGUCCUCCAAGAGCCAUCUGUCCAUCAUCAAAGUAGAACAACUGGACUCCCUCCUCCCAGACCAAACAGACUCCAGCUGUGGUUCAGGGUCACCUGGGGAUUCGGGGCCUCCUGGCUCAUCUGGUUCUGGGUCCAAUACUAGUCUGGCUUCACAGUUUUUCAAGAAGUGCCACCAGGCAGGCUGCACACAAUUCAUCUUCUCGGAGUUCGCCUCCCGCCUCAGCAUCAUCACUGAGAGGAUUGCAUCCCAGCAGGCCAGCGAGGAAGAUUUCAACCUCACCCUGAAAGUGCUGGAGGCCUCUGGGAUGCUGCCAGAGAUCUUUACCAAAAGAGAUCAAGAAAUGGAGAAGAGACUGAGGGAGCUACAGAGAGAGACUGUAGCGGUGAGGACUGCCAGGUCUGCAAUGAGAGAUGCUUGCGUCAUGAGCUUCACCUCAUCAUGACGGAGCACCGCUGAAGAUCAAAGCAGUUUUAUAAGGUGUUAUAACCAGGGCCUGGGUUUUCUGAAAACUUGACUGAACUAGGAAGGUAUAGGACCUGGAGUUUUCCCUGGUCCAAUCCCUCGUCAGGAAAAUCCGGGCCCUCCUUUUAACCAAAAUGUAAAUAUUUCAAACCUUUUGUAUUUGACAUAUUUUUCUACCCAUGUUCAAACUUGAACUCUGUAAUAUUUGACUCUGAUAUUUGAACUCUGACAUUUGAAUGCAGUUUUUCACCCUGGCCACUAACUUGAGUGGCAUGUUAUACCUUAAAUUGGUAAUAUAAUCUUUUGACAGACAUUGGUUCUGAGGUUAUUGGUGAUGUUUUGAUGUUAGUAGGUGAUCCUUAGUCUCCCCCUCUGUACUGUAUGUUAUAUGCUCACUAACCCUUAACAGACUUACUAUAUCCUAAUAUACUGAAUGUGCAAAUUAGUUUUAAAAAAAAUGGACAGUUACUAUGUCCACGAGUACUAUAAGAUUAAUUAUUUAGUAUACACUAAUAUAGUAUACUUGAGAGUAAAGUUGAGACCUGUGACGUUCUGAGAAUGAAUUAAACUUAUGUAAAUGAGUUGUGAUUAUUUCAGAUUAAAAAAUGUCCUGAACUUGA